GAUUUCAACCCUUGUUUUCCGUGUGUUGCUCCGCCCUUCCAGCGUAUGGAGGGCAUGCUGAGCGGCUUCCAGUGCGACCUGUCCUCCAUCAGCAGUGAGAUCCAGACCCUGCAGCAGCAGUCGGUCAGCAUGAACGUGCGGCUGAAGAACCGGCAGGCGGUGCGCAGCCACCUCAGCCAGUUGGUGGACGAGCUGGUGGUGCCCGGAGCCAUGAUCUCCACCAUCCUGGACAGCCCUGUGACGGAGCAGGGCUUUCUUGAGCAGCUGCACGAGCUCAACAACAAGAUCAACUUUGCCAAAGAGCUGAGCUUCAGAGAGACGCUGGCCUGCUCCGACAUCCAGGACAUCGUGGACCGUCUCAAACUCAAG